GCUAAAUUCCCGGAAGUGACGAGGACAAGUAAACAGAAUCUUAUUUUUGACAGAUGAAUAACCCGUGAAGUGGUCCGAAGAAAUACAAAAUAAUCUAAAAUAAAAUGUACAUUUAAAGAAACAUUCCCCAGGGGCAUGAGAUAAACGUUUGUGUUAAGAUAACGCGCGUCAUCAACUGUCGGAGCCAGAUUAUACAGGAUAAACAGUCCUGGAAUGUUCACAGACAUGGACUAUGAGUUGGAGGAGGACAAACUGGGGAUCCCUACAGUCCCUGGGACUAUAUCCCUGAAGAAGGAUGCUCAGAACCUGAUAGGGAUCAGCAUCGGGGGUGGGGCGCAGUACUGUCCCUGUCUCUACAUUGUACAGGUCUUUGACAACACCCCUGCUGCUCUGGAGGGGACUCUGGCGGCUGGCGAUGAGAUCACAGGAGUGAACGGAAAACCUGUGAAGGGCAAGACAAAGGUGGAGGUGGCAAAGAUGAUUCAGGCUGUCCAGGGAGAAGCAACGAUCCACUACAACAAGCUGCAGGCUGACCCCAAACAGGGGAAGUCGCUGGACAUAGUGCUGAAGAAGGUGAAGCACCGCCUGGUGGAGAACAUGAGCUCUGGUACAGCAGACGCUCUGGGGCUCAGCAGAGCCAUACUCUGCAAUGAUGGUCUGGUGAAGAGGCUGGAGGAGUUGGAGAAAACAGCAGAGCUGUACAAAGGCCUGAUGGAGCACACGAAAAGACUGCUCAGAGCCUUCUUUGAACUCUCUCAGACACACAGAGCGUUUGGGGAUGUGUUCUCUGUGAUCGGGGUACGGGAGCCUCAGGCUGCAGCCAGUGAGGCCUUUGUGAAGUUUGCUGAGGCUCAUCGCAACAUGGAGAAGUACGGUAUCCAGCUGCUAAAGACCAUCAAGCCUAUGCUCCAUGACCUGAACACCUACCUUCAUAAGGCUAUACCAGACACCAAGCUCACCAUCCGCAAAUACCUGGAUGUCAAAUUUGAGUACUUGUCUUACUGUCUGAAAGUGAAGGAGAUGGAUGAUGAAGAGUACAGCUGCAUUGCGAUGGGAGAGCCCAUGUAUCGCGUCGGCACCGGGAACUACGAGUACCGGCUUGUGCUGCGGUGUCGACAGGAGGCCCGUGCUCGGUUUGCCAAGAUGAGAAAGGAUGUGCUGGAGAAGAUUGAGCUACUGGACCAGAAACAUGUCCAGGACAUCGUGUUCCAGCUGCAGCGUUUUGUGUCAGGCAUGUCGCGCUACUACGACGAGUGCUAUGCCGUGCUGAAGGAUGCUGACGUUUUCCCCAUCGAGGUGGACCUCUCCCGCACAAUGAUCAACUACGGCAGCCAGUCACGCUCCUUCACAGAAGAAGAGGAAGAGGAGGGGGGGGGAGGAAGUGAAGAACAGGAUGUGGGUGCUGGCAAGCAGGCUGAGAACGGUGCUGAAAAACUGAUUGAUGAUUAUUGAGAGUUAAUAUGAUUGUUUUCUGGAGCAAAAUUCCACCUACGUCUAUCAACUGCCACUCUGCAUUUAUUUAGCAAUGAUUAGUUAAAUAUGUGGAAAUGGUCAGCAAAGUCAUCACAAUGGAAAAUACUACUGUAAAUUGCUGCUAUUCAGCUGUACUGGAACUAACUAUUGCAACCUACUGUAACCAAUACCAUUUCCACAACUGACAGCCAUCACUGUAACUAACUUUUUGGGGCUUGAAUUGAUUCAACAGGUUUUUUCUGGCUCAGUUUAUUCUGCAAGUUUAUUUCUAGUUCCUACCAAACACGCAUAUCAGAUUGGUGGAUGAUAUUUCUCACCCCCCCCCCCCCCCUUAAAAUAUUUAGAUGCACUAUUGUAAAGUGGUUGUUCCACUGGAUGUCAUAAGGUGAAUGCACCAAUUUGUAAGUCGCUCUGGAUAAGAGCGUCUGCUAAAUGACUUAAAUGUAAAUGUAAAAUAUUUCCUUAAAAAAAAUGUUAUAUCGUUGCUAAAUGAGUGCAGCAUAGUAUGUUACAGAAUGAUUGGGCAAAGUGUAUUUUUAUCUACAGGUUUUAGGAGGUGCUGAUGCUUCAGUUUAGGAGUGUAUAUAUGUUUGGGGUGCCUUCAGUCUCAUUUGAAUCAUAUGUGAACAGACGCGUCUAUUCUCAACAAGUGGCCAGUCCUGUCUUGAUGAGAUGACAGUGGUUAAAUGCUGUUC